UUUUGGACUGAGAUAGUCAUAUGCAUUGCUCUAAAUAAAACUAGAAGAUUAAAUGCUGGGCUCAAAAAGUUUUUUUCAUUGAAAAUUAACCGAACCUAUCUUUAUUUUACCAUUUUUUGUUUUACUCACUGUAGUAUCGAGUUUCAUUCCGAAUAAGUAAUCGAACAAGUCUUUAUAAAAUAACAAUCGAACAGGUCUGAAUAAUAAAACGUCAAGUCAAAGUCAACCGUGCCGAACCGGGAAAAUCUCUCGGAAGAGGGAUCACUUGAAUGCCAACCGUUGAGCUACGAACAUAAGAUAUAACAUUGGCGACGAGGAUACAAAAAACAAACAAACGAAGAGUGGCUUUAUUUAUUCCGACACAUUUAUACAUAGAAGCAAUAACUGUUUUUGGGAGAGAAGUCGACGAUCUAAAGUGUGAUAAUUUUAUUAAACAAGAAGAUGUUUCGCAUUGGGGAGAGCAGUCAACGAUCCUUUGUGAAUUAUGUAUUGUGAUUAUAUUAUUACAUUGGGGAGAGAAGUCGAUGAUCCAAUAUGAUGACUAAAUGGGAUAGAAGUCGUCGUACAUGUAGUGGAAAUUCAUUUUUUUUUUGCAAUCCAACAGGAAUGUAAUCUUCCAACAAAGAUUCCGUUAUAAGAGUGAAAAACAAAAUGGAUUCACAAUUUGAGUUGCCUGAAAGUAGAAUUACAAUAAAAGAAAUUGUAUAUAGAGUUACAGCGUGUUCAUGUGUGUUUUUUUUUUAUUCUUCCUCUGCUUAUCUUAGAGAUGAUGCGUCAAGGAGAUGGUCCACCACCGUUUGAAUUUAACACCGAUACGAAUUGCCGAAACCAAUGGAGAGUGUGGCUCCGUUCAUUUGAAAUUUUUGCAGAAGCGACUGCUUUAAACGAAAACAAGAACAAACUCAAUUGGAUGCUGCACUACGCUGGCCCCAAGGUCCAAACGGUCUAUGCAUCUUUGCCGGACAAAGACGUGGAAGACACUAAAAGGGGACCCUUGGCGUCUGGCUACUCCAAAUUUGAUACGUGCUCGUAUGAUAGAGCAGUGUCAAAGUUGUGUGCUUUCUUCGAGCCUAAGCAGAACAUUUCUUUUGAGCGACAUGUGUUUCAUCAAAUGAAACAAGGCGAAGAUGAACGCAUCGACAUGUUCUUAAUGCGUUUGCGUGAACAGGCCGAUCGGUGCGAAUUUGGUCUUUAACUGGAAGACGGUAUAAAACACCAAAUCACCAUCGGAUGUUCGUCAAUUGCCUUGCGUCGGAAAAUCCUUGAAAGAGGAGAUGAGAAUCUCGAUAACAUUGUCAAGUUGGCUCAAAUCCACGAAGUUGUGGAAAAGCAACAAAGAACAUUUGAUAAGGGCAAGGAAGUCAUUCCCAAUCUUGAGCCGCAUGAGAAAAGUGAGAGCGUGUGCCAAAUAAAAUCGAAGAAAAUAUCUUGGGACCAAAACAAUAGUUUCAAUAAUACCAUCUGUGGAAGGUGUGGUCUAAGAGAACAUAAGGCUUCGGACGCAAAAUGCCCAGCGAAAGGCAAGAGCUGUAAAAGUUGUGGUCGCAAGGACCACUUUGCUCGCCGAUGCUUUAUGCGAGGAGAUUUGGCAAUGAAGAAGUAUACUUUAAAACGGAAAGCAGAUGGAGAUGAGCCACACUUUAAGAAUACCAAGCGUGAAUCGGUUCAAAUGAUUGACCAGAAUUUGAAAGGUAUUGAGAGUGAGUAUGAAAAUGUUUUCAUGGUUGAUAACAAUGAAGUCUAUAACACCAUUUGGUGUAACAUUGGGGGUGUCGAUGUUGAGGUCAUUGUGGAUUCGGGAACAAAACGGAACAUAAUAGAUCGUUUGUCAUGGAUUGAGUUGAAGGCUAAAAAUAUUCAGAUGUCGGAACGCACCAACGAAGUUGAUUUCCAGUUCCGUGGUUACGGUGGUCAUAAAUUGAACAUUUUGGGGAAAUUCGCUGCGUUCAUCAAAGUCCCCAAUCGGGAGUCUUACGCGGAGUUUUACGUAGCAGAUGAGUUUGGCAAGAUACUAAUUGGCCAUGAUACUGCCAAAGCCUUAGGUAUUUUGAAAAUUGGCUAUAAUGCAAACCCAAAUACAUCUGACGUAAACGUUAUCAACUUGAACAAAAAUAUUAUCUCGAAUGACUCAAAAGUAAAACAGUUUGGCAAAAUUAAGGGUGUACUGGUCGAUAUUCCACUGAAGCCAGAUGUAAAAGGUGUUAUUCAGCCUUACCGUCGUAUUCCAGCACCCUUAGAAAAACGAGUUGAUGAAAAAAUCGAAGAAAUGUUGCAACAGGGUAUAAUUGAAAAAGUUGAUGGAGUGUCCAAAUGGGUAUCCGGAAUUGUAGUCGCCCCAAAAGGGUCGGAUGAUAUACGGAUUUGUGUGGACAUGCGGCGAGCCAAUUUAGCGGUUGAAGUGAACACCAUCCACUGCCGACAAUGGAUGACUUUCUACCGCAUUUGGAUGAUGCAAAAGUUUUUACAAAAUUGGACGUAAGGCAAGCUUUUCAUCAGGUUAAUUAAUUAUUUUCUUUGCUUUGUUCUCUCUAUUAUUAUACAACUUUAAUAAAAAAUAAAGCUAAAAAAAAAAAA